GUCACCAUGUUGGAAACCGAGGACGCACGAAACUAAAUAUACACACGUGAGAAGGACGAGAUCGAUAACGCGGAAAUUCUCAGUUUGUUUGCUCAUAGAAAACACCGGUGUCUGGUUUGCAGUAUGUAGAGUAAUAUGAGAGCUGUGCCAUGGUCGUUUAUGGCGAAAUGAAGUUGCUGCUUUGUACUUGGCAAGUUCGAAUAUUGUGUUCGUGAUUAGCGGUAUUGUGUAGCGAUCCAGAUUGUGUGUACAUGUACUUGCCGUCUUCCACUGGACCCGAUCUUUUUGCAAGUUUGUUAAAGAUGAACUGCAUUGCAGCGUGCAUAUUGGAAGCUUAACAAUGGAAAUAAUCUGCUGUCAUGAAGACUGUUAGUCAGUUUGCACAGCAGUUGCCUUCCAACAUCUACAGGAUGAUUUAUUUGUGCUGGAAUACUGAUUAGCGAUGUUGUAGCAAAGCUUGACACUGAAGUAAUGGGUAACGGUGCAGUGACCAUGGGCCAGACGGGGCUGGCCCUCCCCGUGCCCUCCAAGAGCCGCUACAAGUCGUGGCAGAAGUUUGGCAACAUCCGAGCCACCCACAUGGCAGUGUUGCGCAUGCAGGGGGGCCAGGCAGGCCACCUGUGGAAAAACAGCCGCGGAGAGCGGGAACCGUGGAAGACGCUCCUCCUUCAGGCCCAGGAGACACUGGAGGAGGAGCGGAGCCAGGCACGGCAGGGCGGGGCAGGGGCUGGGGCCGGCGGGAUGGACUACCGCUCGGUGAUGCAGGGGGAGGCAGCCUGGCCGCACCUCAAGCGCAACGCCCGGGAGGUUUGGGUCUUCAUCAGCUCUACCUUUACCGAUAUGAAGCUGGAGAGGAACCUGCUCAUGGAGGACGUGUAUCCGUUUGUCAGGGAGUACGCCAGGCUGAUUGGCCUGUCCUUCAAUCCUGUAGACAUGCGGUGGGGGAUACGGCAGACUGUAUGUGAUGCCCACCAGGCCAGCGAGAUCUGUCUGGACGAAGUGGAAAGAUGCAGGGAGAAUUCCGUGGGACCGUUUUUCGUGUGCAUCCUGGGCCAGAAGUACGGGUACCGGCCCAUCCCGUACCGCGUGUCUCAGUCCGUAUUUGAGCCAAUCAUCGGGUACAUCGAACGCCAAGCGGAGACAGACAGCUCGAAGGUGGAAGCGUUGAGACUCCUCAAGGAGUGGUUUCGGCUGGACACCAACUCUGUUGACUGUGAGUACGUCAUGCAGCCAAUUGUCUGGAAGUUUCCCAAGCAUAACGAGGAUGCCAGGCAGAGGGAUGGCUGGUGGGCAGAGUUCUGCACCAUGCGGAUGGCCUUCUUUGCCGCCGUCAAGCAGGUGGUCCAGGACCCCAGCUUGCGGCAGGAGAUCCUGCGCUCCAUCACGGAGGGGGAGAUUGCCAAGGCCAUCCAGGGCAGCCACCCGGCCGGCCACUGCCGCUUCCAGUUCUUCCGCCGGGCCUUUGCGGGCUUCAGCCUCCGGGCGGAGGGCGCCUCGGGCUACGUUGACUGGGACGGGGGACGGGUGGAUGCGGAGGCAGCCAUGAAGCUGGACAACCUGUCGGAGAGCAUCGCCAACACGGUCAGCAGUGAUCGCAUUGAGAAAUAUAGCCUCCACUUUCUGCCGACCGCAGAGGCCAUGUUUAAAGACGACAGGAACAAGGACCACCUGCGAAAUUUUCUGGAUCAAUUCUGCCAUUACCUCGUGAAAUCAGUCCAUCAGGGUGCGUUGUCCUUAGCGAGUGCCUUGGAUGAUUCUCUUUACACCGAGGUCAUCAGUCACAGCAUCUUCUGCCGCGAGCGGGCGGACUUCUUUGCCGGACGAGAGAGGUUGAUCGGGAGCUUGAUGGCAUACUUGAAGCGGCCGCACGGCGAAAGACCCUUUGUGGUUCACGGCUGUGGGGGCAGUGGUAAGUCCUCUCUGCUGGCCAAGGUCAUCAGUCGAUCCCUGGAAUCUUGGAAGGGAUGUGAAAUAGGGAGACCUGUUCAUCUGAUGCGUUUCAUUGCCAGUACACCGCACUCCUCCAACAUCCGAGAUCUGCUCUACUUCAUCUGUUUACAACUGAGUUACUGCCUGAAUUUGGACCAAGAUUCAGUGCCGACUGAGUACAGACUCCUUGAGGCCAAGUUUCAUGAUCUACUAGGCAGAGCAACUGCAGAGAAGCCCUUCAUGAUCUUUUUGGAUUCCUUGGAUCAGCUCAGUAACGAGAACGAAGGUCGCGACCUCCAUUGGUUAAGGUCCGUCCUGCCCAAGCAUGUACAUCUCAUCGUGACGAUCCGACCCAAUGCUGGGGGUGCCCUGUCCGCCAUGAAAAACCUUGUCAAGCAUGAGGAGUCCUAUCUCGAAGUCUUGAGACUAGACGAGCAGGACCAGAAUAGCCUGAUCGAUAUGAUGCUGAACAAGGCCGGCAGGAGGCUGCAACCAGACCAGAAAAGUCUGGUGCUGAAUGCCCACCAUGACAAUGACCCGACUCCACUGUUCACCCGGCUGGCCUGCGACAUCGCCAUGCGUUGGCGUUCUUACACGCCGAUGGAGGAGUGCCGUCUGGCGGACAGCACACCAGGCCUCAUCAGGCAGCUGUUCAAACAGUUGGAAGUCAAACAUGGUGAGAUCUUUGUGCGCCAUGCCCUAGGCUACCUGACUGCUUCCACCUCUGGUCUGUCGGCCAGCGAGCUGAUCGAUGUGCUGUCAUGUGACGACGUCGUGCUAGACGAUGUCUUCCAGUAUCACAUUCCACCCAUCAGGAGGCUGCCCCCGUUGCUGUGGACCCGACUCCGGCUAGACUUAGGUGACUACUUAGUGGAAGGCGGCGUGGAUAACUCAGUGGUCUACCGUUGGUAUCACAGGCUGUUUUAUGAGACGGCUAGACAGAUGUACCUGGGGGAGUCAGGGCCUUUGCUACACCAAGCUCUGGCCAUGUACUUCUUGGGGCGAUGGGCCGACACCCCCAAGCCCUACACGGAGAAGGACUCGGGCAAGCUGGCCGUGGCCCACCGCCGCGUCCAAUCCCAGCCCUUGAUUCUGAACUCCGCCUCAGCCUGCCAGCAGCGGUCCUUCACCGAUGUCAGCAGCACCACCAAGCCCAAGACCAUCCACUGGAACCUCAGGAAGCUGACAGAGCUACCGCGGCACCUGGUACGGGGCAACCUCUGGGAGGAAUGCGAGAUGGAGAUGUGUUCAAUACCCUGGGUAGAGGCAAAAUGUCGGACAGGACGCAUCUACAAACUUCUUCUGGAGUUGGCGGAGUCUGCCGACAAGAGCGAGUCGGUGAACACCAAGCUGAAGGACUUCUAUCGCAUGGUACGCUCCAACGUUAGUAUCAUCCAGAGACAUCCGGAGCUGAUCUGCCAGCAGGCACUGAAUGAGCCUGACUCCUCUACCUGCUCAGCAGUGGCUAAGGAGUACCUGGCCGUGAGAGGGAAACACAUGUUUACCUGGUUGGACCUAUCCAAGGAUCAGAACAAGCGAGCCGAGAUCAUGACCCUGACCCACACGGCGCCGGUCAGGCUCUGCCAGUUCUCUGUUAACUGUAAAUAUCUUGCCACGGCCUGCACCGACCGCACGGUGCGAGUGUGGAGGGUUGCCAGCGGAGCCUUGGAGGUCACGGCCGAGGCCGACCCCAUCAAGAUGGCCUUCCCCACCCACUGCCACUGGCUGGCCGUCCUGGAGAAGACCGGCAUUAACUUCCUGGGGCUAGGGCAGGGCGGGCAUGCCAAAGGUAAGUUUGUACUGCAGAUACCCACAGAGCUGGAGCAGCAAGUGAGCGUGUGCAUACCCAAGACCAACCGACACAUCUACGUUGUGGCUUUCGGCCGGCUCAACGUCUACAGUACCAAUGACGGGAAACUGGUGCAGAAAAAAGAACUCAAGUGUCGCCCCAAAGCCGUAUCCUUCGCAUCUGGUGGAAAGUUGUUGGCUAUUGCCAAUAAGGAUGUCUUCCUCUGGGAUAUGGCCAAGGAAACAGACACCAAGCACUUUGAGACCCAAAACCUCAAGGCCCAGCUCAAUAGCUGUAACCUGCAGUUCUCCGGCGACGGGAAGCGGCUGAUGGGCGUGCUGCCCAAUGGCACCUACCGCUGGGCCGUCAGGGGUAACAACACCAAGGCCCAGGGCCACAAGCUGUCACUGACCUGCCAGACGGGUUCCUCCGCCAUCUCCAAGAACUUGGACUUUGUGGCCUCCCUUUGCGGGGAGAAUGACCUGAGGGUCCUUCGUCUCCAGCCUACGGUGGAGUGGUGCCUCUUGCAGGGACAUCAGGGCCCUGUGCUUGCAGCAGACUUUGGUGAGACCCAGAACGAGGACCAGCUUCUGGCCACGGGGAGCCAGGACUGUUCAGUCCGGAUCUGGGAUACGGCCAGUAUCACCAAGCACAUCACCGUACAGGAUGAGAAUCACAGCGGAGCUGUUGAUGGCUGUGUUUACUCGGACGAUGGCCGCCUGGCUGUGUCCUCUUCCCCCAGUGAAGAUCACCUGGUGUGGAGUGUCACCACGACGCCCCCAAAGGUCACUCACCACCUUCAGUCCAUCGAGUCAUGCAAGCCGGGCGAGGUGUUGUGCAUAUCUGCUAAUUUCGUCGUGGGCUCUUGCAAUGGCAACGACUUUGACAUCUGGAACCUCAAGAGCCCCCCACUGAGGACCGACAACAUGGUCAUCAAGGGAAUACACAGACUGCUGCCCUACGUGAACCCACACCUCACCUUCACCGUCUUCCGGCAGGCCCUCCUUUCCUGCUUCACCACGUCCAACCGUCCAGGCAUCCUGUACCUCUACGAGGUCCUGCCAGCCGCGGCCCUGAGGGACUGGCUGCAGAAUCCGGACAUCUUGCCGCCUGUCCAGGCCUACGCCCAGGACGUCAAGGAGUUCAAGCACGGUGCUAAUUUCCUGGUUCCUGCAGCCACACUGAAUUCCGAAUGCAGCCGGCUGGUCACUCUGACUGUCAAGAUGACCAGCGAGCAGAUGAUGGCCUCCACCAUCCGCUUUGACAAACUUGAGUACCACCACGGCUCACCCGAGCUCCUGGUCUGGGACGUCCAGCGCCAGAACGUCCUCAGAAAACACCAGCUGGAGAACUCAGUGGGCCGGUUCCACCAACUGGGUGUCCUUGCGGACAAGUGCAUCAUGUUCUACCAGCGGAAGGUCUCUGGUGCCACCCUGAAGACCAACGGUCACAGACUGGGAGAUGAGGUCACCGAGGCUGUCGUCCAGGUCUUUGGCAGCGGCUCGGAACCACUCCUGAAGACCAUCUGCAUUCAGGGAGCUUAUAACAAGAUGGUGAUGCCAGCAGACGGUUACAUCAACCCCAGACAACCGCUGGACAAGCAGCUGGAAAGCAUCCUGCUGAACUGCAUUGGUCCCGAGGGCAUCUUGACCACCUCCAAAGUGGGCACCGGUCAGCCCGUCGGCAAAUUCAUGCUGCAAGUGGCCAAGGUCACCUGCUAUACGUUCUCGCCAGACAAUCAGACGGCCAUGGUGGGCUUUGACAGUGGCCAUGUGCACUUCCUGCGGAUGUACAACGCUGUCGGGAAGAACUACUACAAAUGAAGUGAUAAAGAUACCAAAUCGUACCUCACGAACUAUAAUUAUUGAUUUAACUUCUAUUUGACUCCAUUCUAGAGCUGUGAGAAGUUCAGUCCCAGAUCUGAAGCUGACAAUGAGGAGCUGGUAAGCGUGGACAUUUUGAUCAGCAAUCAAUUUAUGAAAGAAUAUUUGCCCUGUGGGAACAGGUUUAACCUGUCCAGUUGUCCUCUGUGGUGCACACUGCUUUUCACUGGGUUCCUGCAUUGAUAUUGCUAAGCAACAGUGUCUGUGGAAUGAUUCCACGACCUUUGGCCAAGGGCCUUUGUUUAUGGAGCAGCUAAGCAGAUUACAAUUUGGGUUUUGUUUUAGAAAAAUAUCCCUGUGGUGGAAGCUUUUUAUUGUCUUGCAGUGUGUGUGUGUCAUGAAUCUGUUCCUCGUUGGACAGGUGAAACAGCAUUUUAUCUUAUUUGUUCAUGGUUCUUUUAACCCUAAAAGAGCUAGGGGGGAAAUCCAACCCCCCCCCCAACAUAUUUCCUGAUAUCUCCACAGUA